AUGUUCGGCAUCGAUGCUUUAGACAUCAAUCCUGCCAACGGCGCGGGAAGCUUCAAUGGUCUGGCCUGCUGGCCCCGGACAGACUUGCGCAAGCUCCGGACGAAAGAUAGACACCUUUACGCGAGUCUGCGAACUUCUCCAGACGUAUCACAAAUGUCUCCUCGGCGUUUACGCAGUGCCGGAACUCAUCUAUCAGAAGUCACGUUUAAGCCACACAAAGCUACCGCCCCUUUGUCACAUCCCGAGAAAUUAUCGGCCGUUAAUCGCGAGCGUGUACCGAAUAGCAAGGUUACGGAGCUUGUAAGGGUUUCAUCCGAGUCGUUCCUGCGAGCGCUCAAAGGGCCACGCGCCUAUAUUCUAAACCUUCAGCAGCGUCUCAUUCACAGCAGACCAGAGUACAUGGCCUCAGACUUCAAGUUUACGGUCGCUUGGGCUGCCGCCAUGGAUAAUGUGACCUUGUAG